AUGGCAACGGUGCUCCAGGGUUUUCCGUACACACAGCGCAGACUGACCCGGAGACGAAGACCCGCCCCCGCCGCCCGCUCAUUUGUUUAUCAGCCCGAAUGGAUGUGCACCCGACCCGGGAUUCCGUCGCCAGGUCGCAGACACGAGUGUCAAUCAAUCAACACAUCCGACUCCCUGCCCCCGUGCUGUGAGCUUUCAGCUCUAGCCGUAUACCUGCGCUGCACUUUUGACAGUCUGAAGACAGCGAAGUUGUCCUACCAGAAAAAAAAAGCCCUGUUAUCUGGAAAAGGCUUCAUUGAACUUUUAGAUCCAACAAUGACUGCUACUUACACUCGUCCUAGGCCAACUACUGCUAACUUUCUGCCAGCAAUAUCAACGAUGGCAUCAAGUUACAAGGGGCACUAUCCUCUUAAUGGGUAUAGACACAACUUAAUGAUGCCUUGGAGGCCCAGCACUUAUUACAAAGUGGCAAGCAUUGCCCCUAACCUGGGCUCUUUUACGAUGAAUGUCCCUGGAUCUGUUGAAGCCAAAAGUGCACAUUUACCAUCAAACAGAACAGCAAUACUGACCAGAUACACUCCCCAGGAUUGGUAUGAAUCCAAUCAGUUCAAUUACAAGGAGUCAGAGUCCUCCAGACAUAUUGCAGAGAGACUAAGGAUUGACACUGCUCGUCUGCUCCAGAACAAGGACAAUAUUACAAAGAAAACACAGUUUGAAACCAACAAAAAUUUAGGAGAACGUGUCAACGACAUUAUGUUUUGGAAAUCUGAAUUAGAUCAUGAGGUUGAGCAGAUGAUUGGAGAGACUAAUGCUCUCAUACACGUCAAGAAACGAUUAGAGCGAGCCUUGAUAGAAACUGAGGGUCCUCUACAGGUGGCACAGGAGUGCCUAUACCAAAGAGAGAAAAGGAUGGGGAUAGACCUCGUUCAUGAUGAUGUAGAGAAACAAUUGUUAAAGGAAGUUGAUUGUAUAAAGUCCUGUCAAGGAAGAAUGAGAAGACAUCUGGACAGAGCAAUUGCCCAACUUGCAUCAAAUAGAGGAGCUCAGCAUGAGCUGGAACGGGAUAUCAAUGAUAAAAGCAUAGCUUACAGAAUUGAUGGAAAGUGUCACCAACUACGAAACACAUCUGAUGGCAUCGGUUACUAUAGAGGAGUGGAUCAUAUGGAUGCUACAACUUCAGUUCCAGAGACUUGGGCCAAGUUCACAGAUAAUAACAUUUUACGAUCACAGAGUGAACGGGUCUCUUCUGCUAAAGUCCGGGAUGAUAUAGAAAAUCUCCUUAAUUCAACAUCCAGUGAGAUGUGGAACCAGUUCAAUACUCUAAAUGUGUCAUUGACAAACCGCAUCUCUGAGACAAGUGAUGCCAAAAAUAAAUUGCAGAUACAUCUUGCUAAGACUCUUCAAGCGAUCUUCCAAACUGAACUGACAAUUGGAAACAUCAAACGAGCAAUCAAAGAUAAGGAAGGACCUCUGAAGGUAGCUCAGACUCGUCUUGAUGAACGUACACGGAGACCAAAUGUGGAGCUCUGCCGAGAUCCAGUCCAAAUUCACCUUGUUAAUGAAGUUCGGGAGCUUGACACAACCAUCCAGACCUUGCAGCAGAGGCUAAAAGAUGCUGAAGAUACUCUACAAAUGUUGGUACAAACAAAAUCAACCUUAGAGUAUGACCUCUCUGUUAAAGCAAACUCACUUUUCAUUGAUCAGGAAAAAUGUAUGGGAAUGCGCAAGAAUUUUCCAAGCACUCCAAGACUGGUUGGAUACACAUGA